AGUGUAGACAAUCAGCUUCAUUAUGCACAAAUGCAGUUGGAUAAGCUCAAGAAAACGAAUGUCUUCAACAGUACAUUUAACAUUUGGUAAGGUGUGAUCAAAUUAUAUUUAACCCAUUUCAGAGGUCAUUGACUGCCAGGAAAAUUGUCUGGCAUUAGACAGAGUACAAGAGUAAAAUAAUAAAGCAUGACACAAAUAUUAAUUUACAUUAUUUUGUCAAUUUUUCAGGUACAAAGGGCAUUUUGGUACAAUUAAUAAUUUCAGGCUUGGACGACUUCCAAGUGUGCCGGUAUGUUUGCAAUCUGAAUUCUUGCUUGGGAGCUUUUGAUUGGUGAUGAAGCCAACAACGAAAUACGGUUUUCUAAGUUUAUGCACCUCUAUUUUUUCUGCUUAAAGCUUAAUCGUAUUUGUACUUUGUAGGUUGACUGGAGUGAAAUAAAUGCUGCUUGGGGGCAGACAGUACUUCUGUUACAUGCAUUAGCACGGAAAAUGAAUCUUAAAUUUAAAAGGUGAACAUUUUGAUUUUUCUAACCAGCUUGAUUUAUGCAACAGGAGAUGGUAUAUGUGUGGAAGACCUUGAUGGCAAAGAUAGUUUCUUUGAUAAUCCCUCUCUGUAUAUAAACGCAACAUACAAGUGUGUAUAUUUCAGUUGAGAUUUCCAAAUAUUCACACGACUUUAUCGUUAUGUAUAGAUAUCGUUUAGUACCGUUUGGAAACCAUUCUUACUUGGAAAGUCUCGAAGAUAAAUCUAAAGAAUUACCAUUGUAAGUAUUCAUACUCUACCUACGAUUAUAGCAUGUCAAGUUUUUAUUCAAAUGUAUGUAUCAAGUUUCAAAAUCUAUUUCGUUUUUCUUUUCAGAUAUGCAUCAGGUGGAUUCCGAUUUUUCUGGGAUACAAAGUGAGUAAAUUUUUUGAUAGUAUGUUUGACAGAAUAUUUUAUACUCCAUCUCAAAAACUUUGCCAUCUCAUACUUUUAGAUUUGAUCAUGCUAUGGUGGCAUUCCUGGAUUGCCUUCAAGAGGUCAGUUCAUAAACAAUACUGUACUCAGUUAAAGGCCCGUUUCCACUGAAGAAAAUUUUCUGUGGAAAGAAAAAUUUUGUAAAAUAUGAUUGGCCGACACAAAUUUUACGUCGGAAACAAAAUUUGAAGUUGAAAAUUUUCAACUUUUAACAAUGAUAUUUUCGGAAAAUUUUUGCCCGUGGAAAUUUUUCUUUUCAAUAUGCCAUCAUUAUAUAAACUUGCAGUUUUUCACGUGUUUUACUUUUCACUUUGUUUUUCUAGUUCAAAGAGGAAGUAGAAAAAGUUGAUAAACGUUUCUGUCUACCAUACAGGUAUUUUUCCUUCUUUAUACAAUUUCCACAUUGUUAGCAACAACGCGACAAUUUUUAACGACAACUCGCAGUGCAAAUGAGGUUACACGAAAUUUCAUUGGUUCUGUGUUGUCGUUAAAAGUUGUUCCGUGUAAUAUCGUCUUUGAAGUUAUACUCGCUUGUGUCAUCAGUGACCACAUUAUACGCCAUUUGUUAAUGUUUUCUGAUAAUUUCUUCGCAUGUGAGAAGAGCGCUUCCAGUUUGACUCUACCAAACACGUUUUUUUUUCGGUUUCUCUGCCUGCGUUUCAAGAUGGGAGGACAGUUUAUAAGAGUGUUAUAAAAUGUUUGUGAUGUUACUCUGAGUGUAUAUCCACACCAGGCAAGCUUGAAAAAUAUUCCUUGGCCACGGUGGCCAGGAAUAUUUUUCAAGCUUGUCCGGUAUGGAUAUACACUCAGAGUAACAUCGAGUACAUAACACCAACACAGAAAAAAAAAAUCGUGUUAUAAAAUAUUGUUUUGUGUAGAAUGGAAAAUGGAAAAAUCUACGAUUCAAGCGGGACUGGUGGAUCGUAUUCAAUUAAGUAAGUCAUUGAGUAGGUUUAUCAUUUGCAUGAGGUGUAGUGUAAAGGCAGUUACGCUAGGGGAGGUACGUCACCGUGCAAUGCCGUUGAAUUUUUUCCUUUGAAAUCGAUGUUUAUGCAGUCUAUAGUUUAUUCUUGAGAUCAGUGUUGGAUUAGAAUUUUUAUAUUUUGUGAUUUUUUAACUUAAUAUCCUAUUAAUUCUUAUUAAUAGAAUACAGUUUAACUCCGAAGAGCAUUGGACUAAAGCGUUGAAAUUUAUGCUCACGAAUCUCAAGUGGGGUUUGGCGUGGUUGAACGCUCAAUUUUCUGAAAAAUAGUCGACAUUGUGAGUCAAUAUUAGAGAGUUUCAGAUUUGACUUCCACUACCUCUCACUGGCUCAUUGGUUAAUCGGAUAUAUCAAACACACCUGAUUGGUUAAUCGGAUAUAUCAAACGCAUCUGAUUGGUUAAUCGAAUAUAUCAAACGCGUCUGAUUGGGUAAUGGUCCCUUAAUGGUAGCGGAAGUGGAAGUCAAAUCUGAACCUCACUACUGUACGUGCUACAAGACAUAUAUAAAAAUUAGUAGUAUAUACUGUAUAUAAAUAAUUGGGGUAAUAUGGCCCCGUUAUCCAAUCAGAUUGCAGAAUAAUCCAAUCAAUAAUCAUUAACCAAUCACAACUUGUAAUAAAACUUGAAGAGAAUAUGACAAAUGGAAUACAGAGUCGGAAUUUUUGUUCAAAUAUAUUUGAAGCAUUCACUAUAUGAUAUCGAACUGACGCAUAAAAGCUCUUUCUUCUUCAUGGCGAUUGCGCAAUAACUAUUCUGUCUAAACUUCAUGAUGAGAAGUUACAAUUUAACCGUUGCCAAAGUUAAUCGGAAUCACUGUCUCUAGCUUCGUCAUAAUCAGGCCACUCGCUCCACGCUGACUGUGAUGCUGGUAAUCUAAGUAAUAAAAUUCAAACAUGUCCAUCUUUCAAAACCAGGAGGGGAUCUAGCCUCAUCUGCAAGGAGGAUUUUCCAUGCAUGAGGGAGCGUUACUGCCCACUCUCCUCUGCAGUCUGCAACGCUACUCUCCCAACAUUACUAUUAUAUGAGAUGGCCGAAUCUGCAUCUUCGCCGUUCUGUUAUACGUUUUACAUUAUCUUUUGUUUAUAAAAUUUGUAGUUGCUGUAGCACAGCACAGUAAAUUUGCUUGUUAAAGUACAGUAUAUUUGAAAAUAUGGCUGUAUAACUAAAGCAUUCUGAGUAGUUUCUCGUGAGCUCACAAAUCAAUUAAAUCUUUUCAAGAAAUCGACACGCGCGAACAAUAGAGUGAAGUUCCGCUAGUCGCUAUUCGAAAAGCAGAACAUGUAUGGUCAAGCAGAUUUUUUAGGGUGGUACUAGACUUUUCUAGGGCGACGUGGUGACCCCCGCGGUAAAAAGUCACUGGAGUUAGAGAAUGUAAAGGUGCAUCUGUAUGACACUGAAACUUUAUACUUACCCUUUCAUUGGUAUAUUUUCUUAAUAAUAACUAUCGGCUCCAAGAAUAAGCUGUUGAUUAUCAGGCGGCAUGACGUCAUCAUUAGGCGGACUCUCUGGUGAAUAUGCGGCUUGUCUUUCCAACAUCUGUGUACGUAAACGCCUGUUAAGUGUAAACGUGAAUUAUUAUUACACAUACCUCACACUUGGUCAGGGACUGUUUACAUGAUCGCGCUUUGCCCGGAUGAGAUGCGGGAUGAUUUUGAUGUAUUGAAAUAAGUGUCAGUGCACGAUUCAGCAAAACCACAUUAUUCUUCUAGUGCUAGAUUAUAGUUUUGAUGCUUGUGAUGUUACUCUGAGUGUAUAUCCACACCGGGCAAGAUUGAAAAAUAUGCCUGUCCACGGUGGGAAUCGAGCCUACGACCUUUGAAAACGAAAACUUAUUCAAGCAGCAAUAAUAAUCUUCAACUGCGAGAUCUUCUCGACAACAUUUAAGCUCUUUGGCACAAUUCAGGAGACUGGUUGAAAUUUCUGCCUAGGUUGAAGAAUGACCGUAGUUAUAGUUGGUUGAAAAGCCUUACCUCCGGCAGAUAAAUACCGAGAGAGCAACAAAGGUUACGAGCGGAGCGGCAGCGAGCAAUCCACCCAGAACAAACGUCUUGACAGAAAUUUCAUCUUAAAAAAGAACAAGGAAUAAUCGUCGGGAGUAAUAUUCGCUUCGAGUAUGAACACACCAGCUCAAACUAAAUUAAAAUAUCUUACUUUUCCUUAUACACACUCUUCCUUCUUUGUGUUGUUCAAAACCUUUUCUACAACGACAUGUGUACCCGCCAUCUUUAUUUAUACACAAAGCGUACUUGUGGCAUUCAUUGCUUACUCUGUCUUUACACUCGUUCUUGUCUGUGCGAGAGAGAAAGAACAUCAUUAUACAUCGCGGGACUGGAGAUUGGGGGUACCCCGUUAAGUAACUUGGGUAAAAACUCACAAGUUGUAACAAACCUGCAGCAGACUUGUAGCAAUGCUGUUCCAACAACUUGUCAACAGGAUGUGUUCGCACUGCUUGUUCCCAUGACAGCUUGCUACAAAAUUGUUGAGCUCAACAGACUUGUUGCAAGUUGUUCCAACAACUUGAUAUUGUCCUGCAAUUCAUCAAGUUGUGAGUGACAACCUUGUAGCAACUUGAUAAAAUAACAACAUUGUUACAACUUGUUGGCAAGCUUGCUACAAGCCUGUUGCGAACACAUCUUGUUGACAAGUUGUGAGAUUUUUACGUGUGUUUUUAUCAUGUCGAAUUUUUUUUGUAUCACUAUCCCACAUACCAACCUUUACAUUGCCUGCCAUCUCCAAUGUAGCCAGAUUUACAAAUACACUUGUACGAUCCAAUCUCGUUGAUACACUGAGCAUACUCAGAACAGUUGUUGUUCCCGAGACAGGCAUCAUCAAAUGCUAAAGAGAAAGGGCUGGUACCUAUUAAAAUCUGGUUGGUGGGAAAAAUUGAAAUUUUCUAUUAUACUAGCGUGCACAACACUAGCUGACCCAGGUUUGCAGUUAGCUCCAGUCACGUGCAGGUAACGCGGUAACCUCGGAUCCUAACAUCUGACAACCAUGAGAAUAAAGUUAUCAGUAUGUACACGUUGAUCUAACUUAUUCUACAGAAUAGACAAGAGCAAGGUGCAAUCAUGCAGAUAACAUUGACUCGAUACGCCCAAGUUUGAAAAUAAAAAAGAGAAUGUUUUUUAAAAGAGACACCUAUUAAAUCUGGUCAGGAAAUAUUGCAAAAUGUGUGAAAAUUGAAAUUUUCUACUAUACUAGCGUGCACAAGCCCUUCUGACCCAGGAUUGCAUUUAGCUCCAGUCACGUGCGGGUAACACGGUGGAUCCCGUCACCCAUGUUUCGUAUAAACUAGAUAUAGACAAAGCGAAUUUCCAUAUUUCGGCGAAGUGCUUUUAAUGUUUUUUUCAGAAACUGGAGAAUGCUGUAGAAUAUUACCUAUACUGGGCCGUUCCCUGGAAGACUAUCUCCAAGACCAUCUCCAGAAUGAAAUGGUA